CUUCCUGCUCUAUGGUCCACCAAAAGCCCUGAAUGGUAGUCAGCUCUUCGUAGUUCGUUCCAUUGGAGAGCAGCUCGCCAGUCAGUGAGUGGCGGCUGAGCAGAGCGCACAGCUACAGUCGCCGAUUCUCUGGAGUCAUGUCAAAUAACUGGAAGAACUGUGGACAUUUUCAAAUAAAAGUUUAACAGCUGGGCCUCUUAAGCACUGUGGAUCCACGGCAGCACUAAAAUACGCGCGAUUUUUUCUUAAUUUUUAUUUUAUUUAUAGAUUUUACUGUGCGCGCUAAAGUGGUCAUGGCGCAUUUUACGCACUGCAGAUAACCCGUGUUUUGGAGGCUCAAACUAACGAAAACAUGGAUUAAGCUGCAAGUUUUCUCUUUUGCUUCAGCAGAGCUGAAAUGGCGGCACUUCGUAGAAAAUUUGGCGAAGACUACCAGGUGGUUAACACAAACCGGGCUACCACUUUUUCUGCUCCGGUCAAGAAGAAACGCCAACGCUUCGUGGAGAAGAACGGUCGCUGCAAUGUGCAACACGGAAACCUCGGCGGAGAGACCAGCAGGUACCUCUCUGACUUGUUCACCACUUUGGUAGAUCUAAAGUGGCGAUGGAACCUACUCAUCUUCAUCCUAACGUACACCAUCGCAUGGCUGGUCAUGGCAUCGAUGUGGUGGAUCAUUGCUUACAUCAGGGGAGAUCUAAAUCACGGCCACGACUCGACCUACACCCCGUGCGUGGCCAAUGUUUACAACUUCCCCUCAGCCUUUCUCUUCUUCAUCGAGACUGAAGCCACGAUCGGCUACGGCUACCGGUACAUUACAGAGAAGUGCCCAGAGGGCAUCAUCCUCUUCUUGUUCCAGUCGCUGCUGGGCUCCAUAGUGGACGCUUUCCUCAUCGGCUGCAUGUUCAUAAAAAUGUCCCAGCCCAAGAAACGCGCAGAGACGCUCAUGUUCAGCCAGGACGCAGUGAUUUCCCAGCGAGACGGCAAACUGUGUCUCAUGUUCCGCGUGGGCAACCUGCGGAACAGCCACAUGGUGUCCGCGCAGAUCAGGUGCAAGCUCAUAAAGUCUCGUCAGACUCCUGAGGGCGAGUUCCUGCCUCUGGACCAGUGCGAGCUGGAUGUUGGUUUUGGGACGGGUGCUGACCAGCUCUUCCUGGUGUCCCCUCUCACCAUUUGCCAUGAAAUUAAUCCCAAGAGCCCCUUUUUUGACCUGUCCCAGCGCUCUCUCAUGAACGAACAGUUUGAAAUUGUCGUUAUCCUUGAGGGAAUCGUGGAGACCACUGGUAUGACAUGCCAGGCCCGAACGUCAUACACUGAGGAUGAAGUUUUAUGGGGCCAUCGUUUCCUGCCUGUGAUGUCUCUGGAGGAAGGCUUUUUCAGGGUCGACUACUCACAGUUUCACAGCACAUUCGAGGUACCGACACCACCGUACAGUGUCAAGGAGCACGAAGAGAAGAAUUCUCUGCCCUCGCCUCUGUCCACCCCCACCCCCGCACUGACUGAGAGCCACGGCGCCCGGCGUGACCGGGUAUUUUCUGUGGAUUGCAUCAACACUUCAGAGGAAAGAGGCCGGCAUGGAGGGACUGGGGGCCGACUGCCAAGCAAACUGCAGAGGAUGAGUUCAUCUGGGAAGGAAGAUCUUCAGAGGAAGGUGCUAAUGCUCAGCUCCCAGCACUCGGAGAAGGCAUGUAGCACGGGAGACCUCCCUCUGAAGCUGCAGCGCCUCAGCUCCUCGCCCGGCCCAGAGGCAGAGAACCGGCUGCAGCUCAAGUCCCUCAAGGUGGGCUUUGAACCUAUGACCCAGUCAACUGGAGACCUGUACCAGCACAGCCUCACACCCACCCUGUCCCCGGCUCCGGUCCCCAUGCACAGCCCUCUCCUCUCAGCUGGAGGGAGGCUUGAAGAUAACCUGCCAGCAAAGCUACGGAAGAUGAAUGCUGACCGCUGACAGACCACAACAACAGGAUAACACAACCUCCAACCACAGACACACAUGGAAAGAGGGUCAGAGAUGUACUUUACCUUGAAAGGGACAAAACAGAUCGUCUAUUGACGGGUUAUUGAUUUGUUUUUUGUUUUUUUUUUCUAGAGACACAGACUCUGGAAUUGCUGUGAAUUUGUGUUUCAUAGCAGAGGCAUUCAUGCAGGCUUUGGUACCCACAAAACAAAACACAAACUUCAUGCUCAGUGUGAACUUGAUCAUUCUGCAAGGGUUGUGCAUGUAUACACUAAAUCCAUUGUUUAAUGUAUGCACCACCGCAUUUAAUAGGCCAUCUUAGUUUUAUUGAAAUAUAAAUUACAUUAAGAUGAUAAUAAAUGCUGUCUGAUCUUUC